CCUCUCCCAUGAUGCUUGUUAUCCAUCCAAGAUCCACUGUCACCAUAACUGAUUGAAUGAGAUGGGUAAUGGAGAGGAGAGGGGAGGGGAUGUGUGUGGGGCGGCGCACGAGGUGGUGGGAUGCAGACAGUAAAGCAGCCAUUCUAUCUCGAGCUCUCUCAGCAUCAGCACCACGGGAUUACGAGCUGUCUGCUUCUGAAACGGAGAAGAGUAUCGGUUUCAAACCUGCAGGGCGAAAUCUAGACAAGGCAACACAAAUUUCCGUGUCGAAAGGGGAAGUUGGAAGGCAAAUAGCAGGUGCGCAAACAAUCCACAGGUCUGUCAAAAGAAAGAACGGCGGGAGGUGGCAUUUCUGCAAAACCCUAACCUCCUCCUCCUGCCACCGGUAACCGAGAUAGAAGUUCUAGAAGUUCUUCACGGCACUGACUGCACAGCCCGGUUUGACAUUUCCACAGCUGUUGCUGUGUCACUUGGACACCAUGGACGCGCUAAUAAAGGGAUUCUCAAAAGCCAAGGACGGGGUCGUGGCAGCAGCGGAGAAGACAAAGCAGGGAGUAACUGGGGCGGCUGAGAUGACAAAAGAUGGCGUUAUCUUUGUCGGCAACAAAACAAAGGAUGGAGUCACAACAGUUGCAGGUAAAACAGUGUCUGGAGUUUCCCAGGUGGGCGGGGCCAUGGUGACAGGUGUGACAGCAGUGGCCCACAGGACUGUGGAGGGGGCGGGGAAUAUUGCUGCUGCGACCGGAUUGGUCAAGAAAGACCCAGCCAAACAGGAUGAAGAUGCUAUGUCUAAAGACUCACCUAUUAAGGAGUCACCAGUGGACCCAGAGGGUGGUGAUACUGCUGCAGAGGAGGAUUCCGAUGGCUAUUAGAAGUACAGCACUGUCAACUGCCUCAUCUCAGAACAAUCCAGAACUACUGUAACAAUCCAGAAUCAAUUAUCAAAACAUUCCAUGUCACCCUGCCAAGUCCGGUCGUGCCUCGUUGUGUUCCUUAAUGGAGUCUGUGCCAUGUGUGUGUGUAUGACUGCGUGUGUGUAUGUAUUAGUGUGUGUGUAACGUGUGUAUGAGUGUGUCUUAAUGCUUAGUGGGUGUACGCAAGUGUGUGUGUGUGUGCGUCAGUGUGUGCGUCAGUGUGUGUGUGUGUGUGUGUGUGUGUGUGUGUGUGUGUGUGUGUGUGUGUGUGUGUGUGUGUGUGUGUGUGUGUGUGUGUGUGUGUGUGUGUGUGUGUGUGUGUGUGUGUGUGUGUGUGUGUGUGUGUGUGUGUGUGUUCUGGAGUCUCAGUCAGUCAGUCCUGAGUGGGGUCUAUGUGCCCUUCUGGUCCAGCUGUCAUCUUCAGUAACUCCCUCCCACUAAGGCAGCCACCUGGACACAGAAGGGACUACCUUUAUGUUCUGUCUAUCUGUCUGUGGACUUUGUGGCUUUGAAGUAAAUACAAAUACUGUAUACAGGACUGUGUCCACCCACUCUGCUCAGAGUGGGGGAAAAUGCGCUUUGGUGAUGAAAUGUCACUUCCUUAUGUUAUAAAAUAAAUUAUACCAAGAAAAAUAUGAUUAUUCAUGUUCUGAAUUGUUCAGUGGUGCAUUUCUCUAACAUAUCACUAAUGAUAUCCAAAAAGUCGGAUUUCCUAACCUAAUGCAGCCAAUAAUAAGCACAGCACUCUGUUGACAUAGCAAGUUUCUCGUAACUACUUGAGGAUUUUACAUUUUUUGGUGGUCGUCCUAAAACUUGUUUCCGCAGGUUGCAAAAAAGCUAAAUUAGCAUGACAAGCUGAAUUAAAUGUAAAAGGCUUUGAAAAUAAAAAAGCUUGGUAUACGCUCAGUGCUCUGUUGACAUUUCACAGAUGUACACUUGUUUUUGUGAGAAAUGAAAAAAAUAUAUAAAAGGAAUUUUGAAUUAAUAUGAAUAUGAAGCAUAUACUAAAAUAUGACAACAUGUCUCAAAAUCAAUAUCCAUAUUACCUUGAUUGUUUUAUGUCCUGCGGAUUCGAGAAGAAUGACGACGAGUUCAAUGGAAAAGUGAGCCUGUCAGGUAGCCAGUAGCCUUAAUUCUUGCACAGAAUCCAACCUAGUUGAUUGCGAUGCAAUUUUCCUGAUUUUUUUUACCCCUUUUUCUCUGGCCUCCACUGAUUUAGUCACCUUAAUUCUAGCCAUCCUAGAAGGGUAAUAACUCCAAUAACUUUUGAACUGAGUAUAAUUGAGACAUGAGAUUUGGAUCUCCACUGAUUUUCUUAAAGGAUUAUCUACACAAUUAACAUUAUUUUUACCCAUUGGUCAAAAGAUGGGUUUUUGAUUGAACACCCUAGAUAUAAACUCAGCAAAAAAAAGAAACGUUGUCUCACUGUCAACUGCGUUUAUUUUCACCAAACUUAACAUCUGUUAAUAUUUGUGUGAACAUAACAAGAUUCAACAACUGAAACAUAAACUGAACAAGUUCCACAGACAUGUGACUAACAGAAAUUGAAUAAUGUGUCCCUGAACAAA